CAGGAAACCCAGCGCAGCCGGGCGCAGCGGGCCGCGAUGCAGCAGCAGCAGGAGUCGCCCCGGGGCAGCAGCGGCAGCAGCAGCAGAGGCAGCAGCGGGCGGCGUUGAGCCGCCGCGGCCGCCGCUACUGAGGAAAAAGCCAGCCCAGCCGCCGCCGCGUCCCGACCCCCGCGCCCACAUUCCGGCGCCCGGAUUCCCCGCUCCCGAAUCCCGGCGCCCUGACCCUCGCGUCCGCCUCCGCUAACUUUCACGCUGCUUCGGCGGCCCGGCCCGGCUCGACGCCAAUGGUGGAGGCCAUAGUGGAGUUUGACUACCAGGCCCAGCACGACGAUGAGCUGACGAUCACCGUGGGUGAAAUCAUCACCAACAUCAGGAAGGAGGAUGGAGGCUGGUGGGAGGGACAGAUCAAUGGCAGGAGAGGUUUGUUCCCUGACAACUUUGUAAGAGAAAUAAAGAAAGAGAUGAAGAAAGACCCUCUCUCCAGCAAAGCUCCAGAAAAGCCCAUGCACGAAGUGUCCAGUGGAAACACUUUGCUGUCUUCUGAAACAAUUCUAAGAACCAACAAGAGAGGUGAGCGACGGAGGCGCCGGUGCCAGGUGGCGUUCAGCUACCUACCCCAGAACGAUGAUGAGCUUGAGCUGAAGGUCGGCGACAUCAUAGAGGUGGUGGGAGAGGUAGAAGAAGGAUGGUGGGAAGGUGUUCUCAAUGGAAAGACUGGAAUGUUUCCUUCCAACUUCAUCAAGGAGCUGUCGGGGGAUUCGGAUGACCUCGGCAUUUCCCAGGAUGAGCAGCUCUCCAAGUCAAGGCCAGAAGCUCUCCUCCCUCCAGUUUCUCUGCUGCCCUUUCCAGCUCACGGAGCCAAAGGAAAGACUACCUUUGAAGGGACAAUUCUGUACCGAGCUGCACCGGGAAAGACGGAGGGCCACAGACGCUAUUACAGUUUAAGGGAAACUACAGGCUCCGAGAGUGAUGGGGGUGACUCGAGCAGUACCAAAUCCGAGGGUGCCAACGGGACAGUCGCAACUGCCGCAAUCCAGCCGAAGAAAGUUAAGGGAGUGGGCUUUGGAGAUAUUUUCAAAGACAAGCCAAUAAAACUAAGACCAAGGUCGAUUGAAGUAGAAAAUGACUUUCUACCAGUGGAAAAGACUAUUGGCAAGAAGUUACCUCCAACGACAGCUACUCCAGACUCGUCAAAAACAGAAAUGGACAGCAGGACAAAGACCAAGGAUUACUGCAAAGUAAUUUUUCCGUAUGAGGCACAGAAUGACGAUGAAUUGACAAUCAAAGAAGGAGAUAUAGUCACACUCAUCAAUAAGGACUGCAUCGACGUCGGCUGGUGGGAAGGCGAGCUCAACGGCAGACGAGGAGUGUUCCCCGAUAACUUCGUGAAGUUACUGCCACCCGACUUUGAAAAGGAGGGGAAUAGACCCAAGAAGCCACCUCCUCCAUCCGCUCCAGUCAUCAAGCAAGGGGCAGGUACCACUGAAAGAAAACAUGAAAUUAAAAAGAUACCUCCUGAAAGACCAGAAACGCUUCCAAACAGAACAGAAGAGAAAGAAAGACCAGAGAGAGAGCCAAAACUGGAUUUGCAGAAGCCUUCUGUUCCUGCCAUCCCGCCUAAAAAGCCGCGGCCACCCAAGACCAACUCUCUCAGCAGACCAGGCGCGCUGCCCCCGAGGAGGCCAGAACGACCGGUGGGUCCCCUGACCCACACCAGGGGUGAUGGUCCAAAGAUUGACUUGGUGAGCAGUUCGAUAUCCGGCAUCCUGGACAAGGACCUCUCGGACCGCAGCAAUGACAUCGACCUAGAAGGUUUUGACUCCGUGGUAUCAUCUACUGAGAAACUCAGUCACCCAACCACAAGCAGACCAAAAGCCACGGGGAGGCGGCCUCCGUCACAGUCUCUCACAUCCUCUUCGCUUUCAAGCCCUGAUAUCUUUGACUCCCCAAGUCCUGAAGAAGAUAAAGAAGAACACGUUUCGCUUGCACACAGAGGAGUGGACACGUCAAAGAAAACUUCAAAGACUGUUACCAUAUCCCAAGUCUCUGACAACAAAGCACCCCUCCCGCCCAAGCCGGGGACCAUGGCGGCGGGCGGCGGCGGGCCAGCCCCUCUGUCCUCAGCAGCAUCUUCCCCCCUGUCGUCCUCUUUGGGAACAGUUGGACACAGAGCCAACUCCCCAUCUCUGUUCGGCACGGAAGGAAAACCAAAGAUGGAGCCUGUGGCCAGCAGCCAGGCAGCCUUGGAGGAGCUGAGGACACAGGUCCGCGAGCUGAGGAGCACCAUCGAGACCAUGAAGGACCAGCAGAAACGGGAGAUUAAGCAGUUACUGUCGGAGUUGGAUGAAGAGAAGAAAAUCAGGCUUCGGUUGCAGAUGGAAGUGAAUGACAUCAAGAAAGCUCUUCAAUCAAAAUGAAUACUUGAUAAAUGAAAUGUCGCAUCAUUCAUCCUGAGUCCAAGACUCAAAUUUUCCGCCCCAGCCAAAAUAACCUUGUGCCAAAAGAUUAAAGGUUUGCCCCAACACGUCCCUGUUUGAAAGAUUAGCACAAAAGUCUUGAUAGCACAACACAAAUUCCAUCCAAGAGGAGACUCUCUUCCCCAUGGUAUAGUCCUGGGUCUGGCACUGGUUGUGACUUAGAGCAAAUUGUGCUAAAGGCUUUUUUACUAUGAGAUCUCACACGUGAAAUGAAAACUCAGGCAGUUUAGUCCAUGGUGGUACUAUUUUGAUGAUAUUUUCCAUGAAUAAAAUGUAAUUUUAGAUUAUUCGUUUACAAGCUUUAUAAUUUUAUCAUUUUUUAAUCGUGUUUUGUCACAGAUUUCUCCCAGUGUUUGUAUUACAUACAGUCUGGAGCGAGCAUCCCGUUCUUUUGCUUUAGGCGGAAAGCUGCCUGGCUUUGUGUCCCCCCCUAGGAUUCUAUUACAUAUGCAAUUUUAGGUCCAACCUGUCCCUUCCCCUGCCAGCAAACCUCACCACCCUAAGAUAAAUUUUAGCUUAUAUAUGAUGGUAUAUUUACAAAAACAGAAAGAGAAAAUCUGGUAUUUGUAAUGAUCUGUGCCUUCUUUUUACCACCCUCUUGAUUGGAGCUUUUGUGAUGCAGCUACCAUGAUUUAAAACACACACACACACACACACACACACACACACACUUUUUUUAGCCACUUAUCAAAGUCCACUAGAGGCCACUGUCUUCAAAGCUUCUCUUGCCUAACCAAAGGUCGUAAGAGGAGACAGCUGUGAAGUUGGGUGUGCUCUUUGGUACCAGCUGCGACUUUUCUCCUAGUUUUAAGUUCUUGAACUAGAAAUGUCAGCCCUGCUUGAUUUUUCAUCAGCCAAGUUAAACCCCCGCUUCCUGUCCUUUGCACCUUUUGAGUGAACAGAAUAUGCAUUAUUAAAGCGAAAAUAAAUAAAAGUAAAAUGCAAAUGAAAACAAAGGGGGGGGGAGUUGUAUUAUUUCCUGCUCUGGGUUACCCGUGUGUGCUGCUGUUCAAACUGUACUCACAUAAUGUCACUUGCCUUGCUCUCUUGUAACCCCUUCCUCAGGCCCAAGAGAAAGGGGGGAGGCUCUUGUUAAAGUGUAGCGGGUUGGAUCGCUCUUAUGGUACUGCUUUUUCCCACCGACCUGAGGAAACUGGUAUUUGCUUGUCUGCUUUAUCUUUGUAGCAAAUGAAGAGUUCAGCCUUAGACUAUGUAACUGUUUUCUCAUCCUUAGCUGAAAAUAAGGGGCACAUUCUGUAUGGCAAGAUUGUUUGGGGAUUGGGGUGGGGGUGGGGGUGGUCCCUUAAUGGCUCCUGAAGAUGUUUUGAUGUGUUUCUAAAAAGCUGCUUUGUCUAUUUUCUGAGUUUUAGUGUGAAACUACUAAACAUUAGUAGAUUUGCACCACCACAAAGAAUGAGAAUUGAUAACACUGAAGGAGUGAUGCAAAAAAAAAAAAAACAACCACCACCACCAAAAAACCACAUGUUCUUGAUCACCGAAAGUAUUACAAACAAA